CUUCAACUGAACUUCUACCUUCGGCUAUCCUUUUUGGGCGCGCUGCAUAUGAUUUCAUAGGUCAGUGGCUUAUUUUAUCUGCACUCUUGCCCCCUGAAACUUAGCUCCCCUCCCUCCCCGCCUAUAUCUCCUGAGGACCGGUUUCGAGCCACGCCGCUUCCGUGCUUCACCUGCCCACUUCCUCGGCUCCUUCAUGGAUGCGUCAACGCAGCCCACUAUGCCAGCACACACAGAUCUCGACCGCGCCUUUUAUCAGCAACUCAAAGACCAUGUCAAGUGUACCGAGAAGGUACGACCUUCCCCUGUCCGAUGCGCUUUCUACGCCUCCGCUUUAGACGCUCUGGGCCUUGCAGCUCUUGUCGGGAUGAACGCCGAACUACACAGCAAGGUGAUGGGAGCGGUUAAGGAAGAAGCAAACACAAAGGCCUUACAGCGCGGAUCGACCCCUUGUUCGAGCUGCUUCAGUUCACAACGUCCGGAGUCGCAACAGCCCAUUGGCUCUACUCCACGCAGUAAAACUUUUAGCUUUCCCUACGAAGAAAUCAGCAUAGGCUAUAGACACUCUGCGGCUUCAACCUCUUCGAGUGAUGUGUCUGCCUAUCAUCCACGAACGUCGAUAGGCUCAGGCUCAUUGUCGACGGUCAUCUCAAACUCCAGCGACGAAUGCCCCAUCCUUCCUCCAUACUCAUGGUUCGCCAAGUUGUUCCGCUAGGCGCAAGACUCGCUUCCUACCACUCACCGCAUACGCCGCGUCCUACCAUUCACCGCAUACGCCACAUCCACCCCACUAGCUGCCGCGAUGCCGACGUCCUGUCAUUGGUUAUUCCAACUACAAACUAUACAUAUUCGGGUUUGGGGGGCGUUCGAUCUCUACUACCAGUCUGCUGAGGCUGUCUUGGAGGAGUUUACAGGUAUCACCGGCACGACCCAAAAGCAAGGCGGUAGUCU